GGGGCCGCCGUGGCGGCGGAGGAGCUGUCCGAGAACCAGACGCUGAGUUACCGCUCGCUCGUGUACCGCCUGAACUUCGACCAGCCGGUGCGGAACGCGGGGCGCUUCCCGGCGCGGCCCGACGUGGUGCUCGUGGUGCAGGUGCACGACCGCGCCGAGCACCUGCGGCUGCUGCUCGAGUCGCGGGGGGGGGGGGGGGGGGGGGGGGGGUACCGGCUGGCGGCCCGCGUGGACUUCUGCCCGGUGCUGCAGGUGUUCUUCCCGUUCAGCAUCCAGCUGUACCCGCGCGAGUUCCCGGGCCACGACCCCCGCGACUGCCCCCGCGACGUGGGCAAGGCGGCGGCGCUGCGCCUGGGCUGCAUCAACGCCGAGUUCCCGGACUCGUUCGGGCACUACCGCGAGGCGCGCUUCGCGCAGACCAAGCACCACUGGUGGUGGAAGCUGCACUUCGUGUGGGAGCGCGUGCGGGCGCUGCGGGAGCACGCGGGGCCCGUGCUCUUCCUGGAGGAGGAUCAUUACCUGGCGCCCGACUUCUACCACGUCCUCAAGCAGCUCUGGGCGCUGCGCCAGCGCGAGUGCCCCGAGUGCCAGCUCGUGUCGCUCGGCACCUACAGCCCCGUGCGGGGCGGCUUCGCCGGCCGCGCCGACAAGGUGGAGAUGAAGACGUGGAAGUCCACGGAGCACAACAUGGGCAUGGCCUUCGGCAGAGACACCUACCAGAAACUCAUCGAGUGCACGGACGCCUUCUGCACCUACGAUGACUACAACUGGGACUGGACUCUGCAGCACUUGACUGUCUCUUGUCUUCCAAAGUUCUGGAAAGUGCUGGUUCCCGAAAUCCCCAGGAUUUUUCACACGGGGGACUGUGGCAUGCACCACAAGAAAUCCUGCAGACCGUCCACCCAGAGUGCCAAAAUCGAUUCUCUCUUGAACAGCAACCAACAGUACCUGUUUCCCGAGGCGAUGAGUGUCAGUAAAAGGUACUCCAUGGCGCCCCUGUCCCCUCACGUCAAGAACGGAGGCUGGGGGGACAUCAGGGACCACGAACUCUGUAAGAGCUACCGCAGACUCCAGUGAGGAUCCUCCUUUUCUCCCUGACUUGUCCCAUUGUGUCUUUUCCAGGCACACACGUGUAUCAACAGCAUUUAUGACUUGGUUUCUGCUUUAAUAUGAAUAAACAUUCUUGUUAAAAGGUGUCCCAAAAUAGUAAUCUCUCAUGUUUGGCAACCACUUUUUGGAAACGGGUGACGUGCUGCAGCCCCUACGCAAAAAGUGACCUGCUGCUGUGUUUGCUGGGAGGAGGAGGAGGAGGAGGAGGAGGAGGAGAACACUUUUAAGUGCAUCUUUUUUGGUGCUUCAAAGCUCUGGUGGUGCCUGGGGUCCCGCCUCACACCCCAUCCCCGAGUCCCGGUUCGGUUGCGCUGUGUCGAUGAAUAUAUGAAGGAUGAAAAAAAAAAAUAAAUUUCAUUGUUUUUACUACAAUGUA